UGGAACCUAAUUCCUUCCAAAGCUCUAAAAAAGGAGCAGAAGAAGAUAAGCGAGACAUUACGGGAAAUCAUUAUGAAUAUGAAGUGGGAAGUGAUCGGACAAUAAAUACUAGUGAAUAUGAGGACUCAUCGUUCAGUGCUUGUAUCAUGAAGGAAGAGAAGUCAGACAAGGAACAGGAUGGAGGCCUUGAGGAGAUAUAAAGAAUCAGAGCUCUGAGGAGAAGAAGAAGAUCAUUUAUUUUGAGGAUUCUGACGAGGAAGAUAGCGUUAGAAGAGAAGAUAUAGGUAGGAAAUUUUAUUUUUAGGAUUUUGAGUUUAUGCUUAAUCAAAUGAAAAGAUCGCUAAGAACUAAUUUGAUACCCAAUUUCCUUCCCUAUCUCUUCACCCUUCCAGCCUAUUUCUCCCAUUCACCCACUGCCCCUUUCACUAGUGCCACCUACAUCUUUCAAGCGAAGGUGGGGUCCCCCAGUGAGUCCCUGAAUAAGCAUGGAAAGGAAAAAGUCAGAAUGGGCUAAGAUCAUAAGAAUGAGAUGAACUUACCACAAAUUGAUGAUCCAGAUUCCAAUCAGAAAUAGAAGAUCAAAAUCAUGUCCGACAUCACACAAAUGUGGUACAAAAAAAAAUUGAAGCAACUCGUCUCUUGACCGAUCCAUUUCAGAGAAGUUUGUACACUCCUCAGAAACAUCUAAUCAAAACAUUACCUCAGAAUGAGUAGAGAGAAAUUCAGAUAGCUACUCAGAAAUUUUUUUAGCCUCAUUUUACUAUGAACUUUUUGACUCUAAUUCAAAUGAAACUUACACUAACAAAACAUACGAUGGUGAUCUCUGCAUCUGAGACCCUGGAGAGAUAAGCUCUACAACUUCCUUCUAUUGCAAAAGCUUAAGUCUGAUGUGAACCACAUCCCUCAGAUCUACCAUUUCAACCACAUCAACAAAGUCUGAGCCUUUACAGACUCUGAGAACCUUAAAUGACUCUAUGUCACCCCUAACACCUACAGACGAGAAUAAUUCCCCAAAAGCCUACUCGACUUCAGGUUAG